AUGAAUUUCUACGCCCGUGCAAGGGCCAGUCUGCUGUCCUGGACGCAUGAAACACCACUCCCCACUGCGGAUUCUAAAUGGUAUCCUAAAUUCCAAUCGUGGCAUCAUUUCCAUCUAUCUCUCCAACAGUGGGUUGCAAUCACCGAUAAUGACACCCGUGACCAUACGGAGCCACCGCGUGAUGAUGAUGAACCAUCGGAUCUGGUAUUGCUAACAUGGAAUAUCGACGCAACAUCUGCCCGCACAGAGGAUCGCGUUACAGAUAUCAUCACGUUCGUUACUCAACUAGAUCCUGGGGUUCGUAUUGUCUUUCUGCAGGAAGUGUCAAAGGCAGCAUUGCAGCAGAUUCUCAAGGACGAGCGCAUCCGUAGAUCCUGGAUUUCAAGCGAGCAAGAUGAUACCGCAUGGGGCAAACAAUCCUUUGCGACUAUUACCUUACUCUCCAAAGCACGCUUUGCAUCAACUGCUUUAGGGCCGGUUUGGAGGGUAGCGUAUCCCAGUCACUUUGACCGUGAUGCGCUGUGCUGCGAUAUUUUUGUUUCAUUUGGGAGAGAGCGGUCUCCCACGCGAGUACGGCUUGUUAAUGUGCACCUGGACUCCCUGCCUAUCAAACCUUCUCACCGCCCCCGACAGAUAUCCAUUAUCUCCUCCUUCUUGCGUAGCGCAGGCUGCGGGCUAGUUGCCGGCGACUUUAACCCAGUUCUCGAGGAAGACGCCACUCUCCUUGAAAGCAAUGGCUUGACAGAUGUAUGGACUGUCCUUCAUCCCGAAGCACCUGGAUAUACGUGGGGGACUGAUGGGGAACAACCUUUCCCUCCAAAUCGGAUGGACAAGAUUCUGAUUGUCGGACUAAAACCUCCUGAUAUAAAGACGCUAGAGCCACAAAGAUUAAGCAUAUUGGAGGGAGCGCAGAACCCCCCCAUGGACCACCGCAAAUCCCCGAUUUCACCCAUGGAAGACACUCCACCCUGGAGCGAUCACGCCGCAUUGUUAUGCUUGUUUGGUCUCGUUGGGGACCAUAUCCAACUAUUGUUCGUACUCAAGGCGUUCGUAGUCAUUUACAAACAUAACGAAUACAUCGACAUUAGCAUUUGUAUUGAGGUCAUCAAUGAGGCCGACCGAGUAAGGACAUUUGAGGUACUGCCCGCGCCCGAAAGACUUUCAACAAUGGCGUGA